CUGUACGCAGCUGUACUCCGCUGUAUUCACUGCGCUUGUGUCGCUCGUACUCACGCGGUGCUAUGAGUACACGGCACAAUACCGUCUUCCCGCGCUGCUGUCGGUGGGCUCGUAGGAGCGGCGUGCUCGGCAAGAGCACGAUGCUGGCGCAGCAGCUCUCGCAGAGGGGAGGUGCGAGAUUCCCCGAGAUUCCCCGGGAUUCGACAUUAUUCCCCGAGAUUCCCCGGGAUUUCCUGAGAUUCUACCUGAUUCCCCGAGAUUCCCCGAGAUUCCCCGAGAUUCCCCGAGAUUCCCCGAGGGGAGGAGGUCGCGCCUCGGGAGGGUUCGGGCCGUGAGGGCGAGGGUCGCCUCUUCACAGCUCAAGGUGUGAAAAGGCGAGCUCGAGGUCGAGGUCGGCGGUGAGGAGGAGGAGGGCGCGAGCGCGCGCGUCUGGAUCCGCGGUGACACGCUGGGGUGACGCCGCUCGCCAUUCCCCGCCCUGCCGGCCGGCAUUUCUUUGUUGUUGUUGUCCGCAGGCCACGCGGUGACGACGCUCGCCGGCGAGCUGCUCAUCCCUCCCCCGCGGACAGUGCCGGUGGUGAGUCGGCUCUGCUAAGGUGCCGAGCUGUUGGUUCCGCUGAUGCUGCUGCCGCUGCCGUUGCUGCUGCCGCUGCUGCUGGGCCCGCGCCGCGCGUUGGCGCCGCCCGCGGCCGUCCUGCCCUGUCUGGGCCCACGCCCAGGUUUGCAUGGGAGUGCCUCUCCCCUUCUCCCUCUCUCGCCAUUGAGCGUGGGCGUCCGACCGUGGAGAGGUGUUCCCAUGUCGAGACCUCGGCCAGGGCGUUGACCGUGGUUUGCGCCGACCGCCGCUCGCGCUGAGCCGUCGGCGGUCAAGGGGGCGCGGACGUUGCGCUCUCGCUGUACGUCACAAGCAGGAUACACGUGAGGUUUACAAGGGUUUUAUUACAUUCAUACAAGGUUGUGUGGA